AAUAAAAAUACUUUCUUUCUUAAUUCCAGGGUUACCAAAUAAUGAAUACGAGUUAAUACAUGACACGAAACCCAUGCACACUAUUCGAUCAGAAUCCGCUGAAUGUCCUUGCCAGCAGAAUCGUCUUAGGAACAGGAACCGAGACCUACACAGCCCACAAGACAUGUUCAGCAAAAUUUUUAUGAACGACGACUUGUUUUCAUUUAGAGACACCAUGAGCUCGCCUCUUUGUUGUUCAUCACAUGAGCAAAUUCAAGAGGAGUUUUAUGUGGAAUACAAUCCCAAAACAGGUCCGCAAUCUCUGCCACUGCGCCAGAAUAUGCCUAUCAUUUCACAUGGAUCACCAUUAAUACCGAGUAUCCCUCCAGUGCCAAUAAUGCCAAUUGAUAAGGCUUACCCGAAACCAAUGCAAUAUCUGCCACUUAUAUUCGAUACCUUUUUCCCAAAUAAAGGUCCACAGAGGCCGAAAGCCAAGACGCUUGAAAUAUUUAUGUUCCCGACGAGAAAACUAGUGACAACAACACCAACAACAAAGCAAACAGAGGUCACAACAGAAUCAGACAUCCAAGUAGUUGGAGAAAAGAAGACGACUAUGGUGUAUGACUUAUUAGCAGCAAAUUCUUCUGUAAAGAAGGAUUUAAAGCAAGAAGUUGGGGAGCAUUUGAAAAACAUGGAUGCUGUGAUUGAUACUGAUAAAACCACCAGUGCAGUCCAAAGCAAUACACUUUGAAUUUAAAAUUGUUGCUUGAA